ACUGAGUAUAAAUGCGCCUCCAAAACACACUGCGUAGCCAUCAGUGAACAUCUCCUGCUCCUCCUGUCACAGCAGCUGUGCACAGCUCAGGAGGUGUGUGUUUUUGAAUUGUGCUGCAUCUCCAGCACACCCUGCUCUCAUCUCUAAUCAUUCGCAGGUCUACACAGACUUGGCAGUCACACUGCACCCUAACCUGACACACUCCUCUCAUCUCCACUGAGAGUUACACAGAGCAGACGUAAAGGAGAAACCCUGCAGAGACCUGAGGAGCAUCUUUGACUCCAGCCAUGAGGCCCCUUUCAGCUCAGCCCCCUCUCUACAUGAGUCUCCUCCUCUUCCUGUCACACCUCUCCCCUGUUCUCUCCUGUCAGACUGGGACCCGCAGCCAGUGUGAGUCUGCCCCAUUUGUGCCAGUUCACAACCUGGUAGGGGAGGGUUUUGAUGUGGUCACCCUGCAGCAUAAAGGAGCCUACAUGAUUGACAUGAAGACCUAUCUGACACCAAAUGGCACCUGUACUCUCUGUUCCAACCCUCUUCAAGGCAACAGGCUCCAGAAACUGCCAGUCUCUGCAGUGGACUGGCGUCCAUUCACCCGAUGCAGUGCUGGUCUCCACAGCAGUGUAGACACCACUAUUAGCUCACUGAUGGACACCUAUACCACCCAGGACAUUCCCGACUGGAAGGUUGGUCUAAAUAUAGAUAUGUUUGUGUCUGCCGGCCUGGAUGUGGGAGGAACGCGCUCCUCUGUGUAUAAAUUUGCUACAGAUAAGGCCAGAGAGGACCGCUACACAUUCAGCACCCACAGUGUCACCUGUAGACAUUACAGGUACCGUGUGGCAAACGAACCUCCCCUCAGCUCUGAGUUCAGUAAGGAUCUGACCAGGCUGCCACUUUCCUACAGCUCCUCCACCAGGGCUCAGUACACUGAGUUUAUACGUACCUAUGGCACACACUACAUCCGCCAGGUUUAUCUUGGGGGGAGACUCAGGCGAAUCACAGCUGCACGUACCUGUUUGGCCACACUGAAUGGUUUCACCUCACAUAAGGUGUCCGACUGCUUAUCAGUGGGUUUCUCUGUCGGCCUUGGGAAGCUGGAAUCACCCAAUGAUGGGUCUUGCAGCAGAGUCCUGCAGAACCGGGAUGUCACCACCUCGUACGGCUCUGGACUCCACCGACACUACACAGAGGUGACAGGAGGCACUGGAUGGAUGGGAGAGUUUUCACUCACUCGUGAUGACUCGCAGGGCUACAAAACUUGGCUGGAGACGCUCAAGAAUCACCCUGAUAUUGUUGAGUAUUCCCUCAGGCCAAUGUAUGAGCUGGUGCCAAAUGCAGCACAGAGGGCUGGGAUGAAGGCUGCCAUAGAGCAGUACUUAGAGGACAACGCUGUGAAGACCUCACCCUCAGAACAAGAUUGUGGGUGGCGCACUCCUAACCUGGCUCCCAACUGCUGUCCUCAACAGUCCAGGAGGGGGAUCCUAGUGGUGACCAUUGUCCAAGCCUGGGACCUGUAUGGAGAUUUCUGGGGCACAACUGAUGGCUAUGCUGAGAUGUGGUAUGGUUCCAUCCACCGCAAGACUGAGAUGAUCAAUUCAGAUUCCCCCAGGUGGAACGCUCGUUAUGAUCUGAGCAACGUGGACACAAGCUUGAAAUUGAAGGUAGAAGUCUGGGACGAGGACUGGCACCACCCUGACCUUCUGGGAUCAUGUGAGAGGUCCCUUCAGCAGGGUACACACACAUUCACCUGCUCAGCUGACUCAGGCCGCUUUGAGGUCCGGUACACUCUGACCUGUGACCCUAAUCUGACUGGAGACAAGUGUCACCUUUACAAACCAUCCUUCUCUAAUCAUGUAUAAUAGUACCUGUUUUACAUCCACUAAAGGGUCAGUCACUUAUGUUUUUUUAAUAUUACCUUUAAAUGAAAAAAAUCAUUUCGAAAUUGAUCAUAUUUUCUAAGUCUGGCUUAAAUUAAGAAACAUGCAUUUAUAUUAAAUGUUUUGAGUCUUUAAUCAAUGACAUGCUUUGGUUAUGGAAUUUGUUUAUAAAGGGGAUGGCUAAGUAUCAGUCUGACUUAUUUGCUACCUUGUACUUUAUUUAUAUAACAAAGAAAUCUAAUUUAUCAGUCUUCUUUUUCAAUUUGACCUCUAAAGAAAUCCUAACCAUCUGUAAUUCAUUUAGUAAUUAAUCUGAUAGGGAUUUAAAAUCUCUGCAGUUCUAAUACAAGUUUCCUCUAUUCCUUUCUGCUCAUUUUAUUCUGAUCAGCUGUAAUUGAUAUUGUGUAGUCAACUUACGCCUUUGUUAUUUCCAAUAAUGUGUCAAUCUGAUGUCCUAAAAGAGUUAAAUCUCCAUGAUUUGUUUUUGGUCACAUUAAUGGUACUGAUUCUAUAAAGAUAGUUGCAUGAUUAUCACCAAUAGCGAGCUAAGCACAUUCUGCUGUGAUGCUUUAGUAAUAACAUUAAAUCACCUCCGCCACUGGAAUGUAAAUUCCUUAUCGUUAUCAAUACUGGCCACGUAUCAGCCAAUCCAAAAUCAAUUGUAUGUAUCUGAAAUUGCCCUAACUCUGUUUGACAUUAAAUUUAGAGGAAAUAAUAAUGUGAAAUAAAAUCAAUGGGCUGCAAUGGCAGCAAAUAAAUACUCAUGAAAGAAACUGUUCAUAAAGAGUCCCUCAUAACAUUAUUUUUACCUAAUUUUAACUUUUACGAUUAAAGGAGGCUCCAUAUACCUGAUCCACCACCAAACAUAGGGAGUUUUCAUAUCUCUGUACUGGAGUGUGAUUUGCAAUAUUGUGUCAAAAAAAAGCCAAAAAGGUUGAAAAAAAAAAACACUUAAAAAAAAGUCUCCUGUUUGUGUCCAUACUUAUUUGACAGCCAGCCACCUAAAUUACAUAAGUGUGUUGUUUUUGAUUAACAGGCAGCUGGCCACUGGGAUCUUUGAGAGAUGUCUCUGUAUGAUUUGCUCCAAGGUUCCAUGUUGGGUCCUUUUGUAGCAGUGAAUGGUUCUGUGGUUUAUCUCUACAAAUAAUGAAUGAAUGACAGGAUUUUAUAUUACUGUUAACUGCCUGUAUCAUAAUGACUUUGGUGAUCCUCUGACAUGAGCACCAGCAGCAGCUGGCAGUUUUUUAUGGCUAAUUUAGCUUUCCCAAACUACAUUUUUGAAGUUGCAGCAAAAUAAACCCAUAUAACACCAAA